AGGAGCGGCCGAUCGUUGCGUUGGACGGUGGCGCCGCCUGCGUUUGGCCCGCAGCGGGUCACAGCGUACGCCUCCUGAGUGACGCGUUUCCUGGCAUUACACCGCAUUUAAGCUGACCAUCACGGCGAAGAAAAGUUUAUGCGCGCACGAGUGCGAUGCGAGAUGGCCCGUCUUGACGUGUUUGACGGCUGACAGCGCUCGAAAAUUUGGCCCGAAACGGCAAAGUGGAGAAAAAGUUCACAAAAAGAGCCACCGUCGGCAGUAUUCGCACAUGAGUCACUGCGCGGUGUUGUCGCGAGUGCUUUCUUUCGUUAAUCACCAAAGAGAGCUUUACGGCGUUCGAAAAGUGAACGUAAGGCUGAAGGGGCAUUUAUUAGAGCUUUCGCCACGUUUUUUCCGAGCUGAAAUACGUUUUCUAUCGCUGUAGCGAGCGAAAAUACCGGACCGCAGCGCCCCCCGCGAUGCGCGCCUUCCGCGGCCGCGGUUAAUUGCAAAAAAGUAGUCCCUCGCGUCGAAAAUUUAUGUCGGUUGCGGGUCGAUGCGCGGUGGUGUGUGCCAGUCGGACCAACUAUUUGAAGUGGAUUAUUGGAUCAAGUGGACAUCGACGGUGAUCGGUGACCCUGUGUGGACGAGACAAGCGUGCGGAGGGAUUCCGUUAUCCUUACUUUCCUUCUCACAGAUGUUCCCGCUUUCGAAGUGGCCAGAAUAAUUGUGUGCGUGCGGUUGAUAAGGCCAUGCCCGUGUAAGCAUCGUUUUGCGGCUUUCCAGGCCAAAACACGUGGUGACUGUGAGCAUCAUCGGGGUCCGAGAUGCGCGGCGGACCUCCGGGGAGCCGGAUUACGUGCGCCGCGUGAGGAUGCGACCGUUCAGGGUGUGGGCUUAGUGGCAGUAUGGCAGCGCCAGCGCAGAGCCUGCUGAAUUGUGAACAAAAAACGGCAGACAGCGCGGAGCUGCCUCCUCCCGGAUCCGGCGGAGGACUCAAGAAUGGUGCUUCGGGCGAAGAGCUCAGCGCGGACGAAAUUCCGGCCGGCGUGAUGGUGAACAACCGGGUGAAAUCUCCGAGCAACGCCAGCGGACACAUCGGCCGAGAACUGACAAUGGAUAACUUCCAAGAUGGAGGUACCCACCAGCUGAACGCUAGGCCUAGCGCUGUCGCCGGCGAUCCGGCCGCUUUUGCCGAUCGACAGCGAAUCGGUUCCGACUUCCGAGCCUACAAUCCGAACCUAAGGGAUUCGGUGAUGGGAGGUGAGGAGUUCCGGAACUCUCCGGACGGCAUGAAUCACGUUCCGGUGCCCGGUUACGGCACGGGGUAUGCGGACCGGGGAGGCUACAUGGCGAGCCAACAUGGCGGCUCCAAUCUACCUGGGAACGCCAACGACCCUGCUCAGAGCAAGCUCUACCAGCAUUACAACCAGCAGCACAUGAGGCCCGGCUAUCCUCAGGGCCCUCGGGCCGCGAUGGGACCCAUGGGGGGACCGCAGCGGCCCGGCGCGGGCUCCAUGAUGCCCUGCUACCCGCCGAGCGCCAACGGCGGCGCGCCGCCGCCGCAGCGUUUCCUCUCGGGACCGAGCCUGAGCCAGCAGGGUGGACCCACGCCCACGCUCAAUCAGCUGCUGCAGUCGCCGAACCCACUGCACCGCUAUCAAAACAGCUACGGCGAGUACAACUCCAUGCACAAGGGCAUGGCAGACGUGGGACAGCAGUACUCGCCGUGGGCCGGAUCGCGUGGCUCCUACCCGCAGCAGAUCUCCGCGCCCAUGUACAGGCCCCCGGUUGGCGGCAGCAUGCACGAUCCUGGCGGCGGCGGUGGCGGCGCAGUGCCUGCAAGUGCCGGUGCUGUGCCAGCCAGCGGGGCCGCGAGUGCCGGUGGUCCGGCGGCCAAGCGGCCCUACAUGGGGCCCGCUCAGUACACGCAGUACCAGCAGAGGCAACCCUACCCGGGACAGCCGAGGCCGCCUAGCCAGGGAUACCCGCAGCAGCAGAUGUCACCUUACCCGACUGGCCCCCAGCCGCCACCUGGGCAAGUGGGUGGCCCCCACCCCCCCUCGCCUGCGCCGUCGCCUCAGCAGCAGGAGAGGCCCACACCACCGCCCCAAGCCCAGGGUUCGGCGUCGCCAUCUCGGGGUGGUGGCCCCGACGGUCCUCCAUCUCGGCAGGGCACGCCCAACUCUCACCCUUCGGCCUACGGGGGCUACCCGUCUUCUUCCUCCUCUUCGGCCGUGGGGCCUCCCUUACCACCCACGUCGGCCUCGUCGUCAUCUCUGUCCUCCUCUGCGUCUGUGGCCCCUACGUCUUCGUCGUCCACGUCUUCUUCCUCCAUGUCUUCAUCAGGUGCGCCAGGACUUUCAGUGUCGCAGCAACAGCAGCAGCAACAACAACAGCAACAACAGCAACAGCAGCAACAUCAACAACAGCAGCAGCAGCAACAUCAACAACAGCAGCAACAACAUCAACAGCAGCAGCAGCAACACCAACAGUCGGAGCUGAGCGGUGGCGGCGGCUCCGAGGACGAGCACGGCGGGGGCGCCCGCAGUCCCGCGGCGGGCGCUGGGCCCGUGCGGGGCGCCGCGGGCACGCCGCCGGCACCCCAGCAGUCGCCGCUGCGGCCGACGCCUUCGCCGGGGGCGGCACCGCCCGGCCCGGGAGGAGGGGGACCCCAACCCCCCGGCUCAGGGGCGAGAUCCAUGUCGCCCGCCAUCGGUUCACAGUCAAACAUUCCUGUGCCUCCUCGACCCUCAUCAAGUCAGUCUGAGAGCAGUGCGCCAAAUCAUCUUUCUCAACCACAGCUGCCUCAGCAAGGGUACAACCAACAGAUGCAGGCAUCAUCAAUGUAUGCGGCCAAGAUGCAUCAAGGAAUCAUGUCAUCAUCCUAUCCUGGUCCCCACUAUCCUCAAAGCAACUACCCUAGGCAACAAGGUGGCCUGGGCGCCAUGCCCGGCUACGGGCCCCCUCAGGGUCCCGGUGGCUACCCGGCCGGACGGAUGGGCGCGCAGGGCGGCUACCCGUACGGCAACUCGCAGUACGGUGGCUACGGAGGUGCCAACAGCCUGAUGCCUCCCCCGCCGGGACCCCAGUACCCGAAGGCGGCGGGUGCGGCCUCCUCAAUGGGGGCGGUGCCCCCGCAGGCGCCCGGCGGGCCCACGCGUCCCAUGUACCUGCGCCAGCACCUUCAGCAGAAGAUGUACGGCUACAGCAGCCCCAUGACACCCCCUGGCGGGGACGGGGCCUCCCCAUCUCCGUCGGAUGGUGGACCCCCUCCACCCGGUGGGGGUCCCAUGCCACCCGGCGCCUGCUACUCGCAGUGUCCGCCAGCGCCCAUGAGUGGGCCCUCCUCGCUGUUGUCGCAGCAGGGAGGUGUUGGAGGCAGCCCUCCCGUAACGGGUCCCGGCCAGGACGGGGGUGGUGGGGGGCGAUCCCAACUGGCGCCCCCACCUACGGUGCUGGACGAGGGGAGCCAGGCAUCCAAUGCGUCCGCCUCGUCCUCACUCCCCGAGGAGCACCUGGGGCCGGGCGACAAGGGGGGCAGCAGCAAACAGCCGCCCAUGUCGCAUCCGCCCACACCCAACACCCUCCCCUCGCCCGGGGGUGCCUCCAUGUCCUCCUUCCACGACGAAUUCGAGAGCGUCUCGAGCCCCAGCUGGCCACGGACGCCAGCGAGCCCUGUGAGUGGCCGUCCCAGAUCCCAGGUUGUGAAUAGCCAAGUAUACGAACAUCAUAUGAUAAAGCGGCCAGACGGCCUGCUGAAACUGUACGAUAUGUCGGAAGACCCCGAGCGGAGGGCCUUCCUGGACAAGCUGAUAGUGUACAACGACGAGCGUGGUACUCCCAUCACCCAGUGCCCAACCAUCAGCAAACAGCCCCUGGACUUGUUUCGCCUCUACCUCAUCGUCAAGGAUCGAGGUGGCUUCGUGGAAGUAACGAAGGCAAAGCAUUGGAAGGAUGUGGCUGGUGUGCUGGGCAUCGGGGCCUCCUCUAGUGCUGCGUACACCCUGCGUAAGCAGUACAUCAAGCAUCUGCUGCCGUUUGAGUGCAAGUUUGACCGAGGGGGCAUCGACCCUCAGCCCAUCAUCAGCCAGCUGGAGUCGGCCUCCCGAAAGAAGGCCAAGGGAACCAUGUCGCCUUCGGGUGCGAGUCAAGAUUAUGGGCCACCCGCCCAGACGAUGGAGAGCUACCCGACCAGUGGAGGCUACCACCCUGGGGCACCCUACCCCCCGAGUGGUCCCCCCAGCAUGAUGGGGGCUUCCGAGUACCCAUGCCCACCUGGCUACCCGCCUUCGAACCACGUGGGUGGUGGCUGUGAGCCGGAUGGCUACCCUCCUUCGGAGGAAGGGCCCUACCCGGGGGAGGGAUAUCCUCCUCCACACGGCUACCCCCAGGCGCCCCCCUAUGCGGCGGCCAGCCAGGCCAGCCUGAGUGGGGGCUCCUGCGGCUAUGCGGGGCCUGGUGGUGAUCAGUAUGGGCCUGCUGCCCCCGAGGGCUACCCCCACGAGGGUGGCUACAACGGCAGGGACCCCUACAGCAGCAGCGGCUACCCCAUGCGGCCGCAGGCAGGGGCUCCGCCCUACCCACCCCAAUACCAGGGAGGCCACUACGACAGGGAAAGGUACGAGCAGCAACAGCAAGCGCAGCAGCAGCAGCAACAGCAGCAACAGCCACAGCAGCAGCCGCAGCAGCAGGGGGCAUCUGGGGGAGCUCCGCCAUCGUCCCAACCAGGUGCGACGGCAGCGCCUCCGCGACCCCAGCCACCCCAGUCGUCUCAGAUGGGCGCUGGACCCCCGAGUGCCGCAGAGCCCCUGUACCAGUACGGCUCCUCCGCGGCAGCAACGGGGCCCACGCCCCCAUCGCAGGCAGCAGCGGCGGCAGCAGGCAGCUACCAGAGCAGGCCCUACCCGCCAGGCCCACAGACCACGCCGGGCCAGGCACCCCCUUACUCCACACCAUCACCUCAGGGGGCUGCCCCACCACCUCCCCAGGGGAGCACCCCAGAACCCUACCCUCCAACCAGGGGCCCCCCGGACCAGGCCUACCAGAUGGCCCGUGGUCCAACCCCUUUACCCCCAAGAUCAAUACCCAAGGCACCUCCUGUACCCCCUCAUCCUACACCUCCACAAAUGUACCCCGGAGGUGGGCAGCAGGUAUACCCGGGGGCCGUGACGCCUCCGCAGGGCCAAGGGGGGCAGCCGCCACCUACGGCGAGCAAAGCCGGGCCGUACCCGCAGCAGCCCACCGUUCAGCGGGACGCCCCUUACCCCAAGCGCCACCCGGACUUCAUGAAGCCCCAGGAGCCUUACCCACCCGUGCCACCGCACAUGGGUGCAGGGCCUCCCUACGUGCCACCCCAGCAGGCACAACCACCGGCGUCUCAGCAGUAUCCAGACCGCAGCCAGUACCCUUACCGGCCGCCUCACAUGAUGACGCCACCUCCUUCCUCCAUGCCACAGCAAGGCUGGGGACGUGGAGGAGCAGAGAGCCAAUACCGCGGUUACCCAAGUAACGCCUACCCCCCCCACUCGGGGGCCCCCCCUGAGCGAUGGGAGGGGCCCCGAAUCGGUGAUGGAGCACCCCCUACGGGGGCAUGGGGAAUGUCAAGGGGAGCACCGCCAGCACAGGGGGAACCCUACCCACCACAGGGUCCCAUGAUAGGCGCAGGGGGACCCCAGGUGAAUGCCAUGGGGCACCACAAGAUGGCUGCUGCCUACGCUAGGGACCGGGCGUAUCCGCCUGCCGGAAAAAUGCCGCCGGGUGGCCCCUAUGGGCCCGCGCCGCCCUCCCGAAAGGAGGUGGUGUUUCCUCCGGACAGCGUGGAGGCGGUGAUGCCCGUGGCGACCAAGCGCCGGCGGCUCUAUGCCAAGGACGUGAGCCCCCUGGAGGCGUGGCGCCUCAUGAUGUCCCUCAAGUCGGGCCUGCUGGCCGAGAGCACCUGGGCCCUGGACGUGCUGUCCGUGCUGCUGUACGACGACUCGACCGUGCUCUACUUCGGCCUGUCCCAUCUGCCGGGCCUGCUGGAGACGCUGAUGGAGCACUUUCGACGAUGCCUCUCUCUGGUCUUCAACACCCCCGACGACCUCGAGCUGGGCUACGAGUCCAAGGCCGAAAACGAAGAGGUCCCCGAGCCAGAGCGACCCUGGUACCUGCUGGACCGAGACGCCCCGGCGAAAGAUCCGCUCGAGGGCCUCAUCGUACCAACUCAGAUUGACAUCUGCGACCGCACGUCUGUGUUGUCGGGCCCCAGUUUUACUUGGCGGACACGGUGUGGCAAGGCUGUGCGUACCCGCCCCGACGACGACGGUUCUCUACACGUGGUCGACGGGGAGAAACGGUGGGACGUGCACGAGGGCUUCACCGCCUCGCCCGAGCACUGGCAGCUAGGGGGCGGCGAGAUCACGGCACACAUUCAGACGUGCUUUGAGAGCGACACGAACAAUGUGCGAUUUGUGCGGCUGUUGACACCGUCAAAGAAGAACGCUGAACACAAGGUCAGUGCCUCGCCACACAAGGUGGUGACAACAUCAGCAACGCCACCGAGCCAGGACGAAUCCCGCUCCAAGCUUUCAGACAUGCUUGCCAAGCAGUUGGCCAACUGCAAGCGAGGACCCGUGGUGCUGAUCGAGGACAUCCGAUCCAAGAUAAAACUGGAAGCUGGCAGGGUGGACCAUAUCAAGCAGGAGGUAAAGGAGCCUGAGGUAAAGGAGGAAAGGCAUUCGAAUGACAGGAAGCGACAGGAGGAAGAGGCUUCCAAGAAGGCCGAGGAAAGCAAACCGGAAGCUGAAGCGGUCCCCGAGAGCGAGACCAAACAAGAGGAGGAGACGACGGCAACGACAACACCACCCAAGGCUGUGGAGAGUGAGAAGAAAGAGGAUGUGGUUCCAAGCAAAGAGAGUGAUGAUAGUGAGUGUCGGACCGAGAAGGUGUUUCCGCGGCUUCGGGAGGAGCGGCCGCGAAAGCGGCCCCUUCCAGAUUCCACGGAGGAGGAAGCGUACUGUCGCGACGAACCUUCGCUGUGUGUGGUGUCCGAGGCCCAGGAGGCCUUGGGGCGCCGAUGUGUGUGUAUCUCGACACUGUUGCGUAACCUGUCGUUUGUGCCCGGUAACGAUGCCGAGAUGUCGAAGCAUGCGGGUCUUUUGGUGGUGCUGGGGCGCCUGCUGCUACUACGGCACUGGCAUGCCCCCCGGCGGGGCGCACCACGCCACUUCGACCAGGAGGAGAACGCCCUGGACGACCACUGCAGUUCGCUGCUAGCGGAACGCGAAUGGUGGUGGGACUGGCUACAGGCGCUGCGUGAGAACACCCUCGUGUGCCUGGCCAACAUGGCGGGACAGCUGGCCCUGGCACCAUUUCCCGAGGAGAUAUCCCUGCCCCUGCUGGAUGGACUGCUCCACUGGGCGACGUGCGGAUCAGCGUGUGCGCGGGACCCCCUGCCUCAGAGUACCCUCAGUCCCCAGCGGCUUGCCCUGGAAGCCCUGUGCAAGCUGUCUGUGCAGGAGUCCAACGUAGACCUGCUUCUGGCCACACCUCCUUGGAGCCGGACCGAGGCCCUCCUCGGACAGCUGGCCCGGUGGCUGGGCCGCGGACAGGACCAGGUGCUUCGCGAGCUAGCUCUGGUGCUGCUUUCGAACGUGGCGCCGGCGGGAAGCGGUGCGGCCCGCGCCGUGGCGCUACAGGGGCCGUGCCUCGCCCAUCUGUUGGCCUUUGUCGAGCAGGCCGAACAGAGUGCCCUGCAGGUGGCCAACGCGCAGGGAGUGGCGGCGCUACGCGAAAACCCCGAGCUGAUGGGCACCACUCUGGACAUGGUGCGGCGUGCAGCCGCGACUCUGCGCUGCCUCGCCAGGGUGCCCGACAAUCGGCCCCUGUUCUUGCAGCUACAGCCCCGCCUUCUCACCCUGGUCAUGUCCCAGAUCCUGGACCAGGGCGUCGCGGCCAUCCUGGCCGAAGUGCUCUUUGAGUGCUCGCAGCAGGCUCCGCCUUCUCCGUCGUCCCAGUCUGUCCCUUCCUAGGAUAGUGGCCACCCCUUCUUCCCUAUCCCCCCAACCACCCGCUAUUUAUUAUUGUUUCAAUGACCCCCGCUGUAGAUAGGCCCCCAAUGGGUUAUGACGACCCUCCCUCCCCUCGUGGACUGUUGUGGGCCAGAGGGGAGCAAACCCUUCUCCCGUCGUGGUGAUAAACUUGUACAGACAUGCUGCUCUCUCUCUCGCCCACCCUCCUCGCUGCCGGCGUGGCGCACACACACACCUCUCCCCAGGGGACGGGGGGCAGCCGCUCAUUUCAAGAAGAAACAAGGGGGGGUGGUGGCGGUGACUGGUGGACCCCCUUGGCCCCGGACGGACAGACGUACAAACGGACUGGCUCGUGUCGAUCUGAAAAAUUACGUGUGCGUGCGUGUGUGUGUAGGGUCUCUUUUUUUUUUUGCGAGUGCAGCAAGCAACAUCAUCCUGUUUUUUUUUUUUAGUUUUUUUUCUCUCGUCAUUUGAUAUUGUAUGAAAUGCGUGUAAGUGUGUGUGCGUGUGUGCCGAGCUUUAUACCUUGUACAUGUCUGACAAAAUGAGUGAGCUGCAAAUAAAUGUACAGGUGAGAAUUCUCUUUUCCCCCUUGAAGAAAACUGAUCCCUCGGGGUUUAUGGCACUUGUUCUGAAGAGAAGAAAAAAAAAAAGUGGCGGCUGUAUUACGUUUUUUUUUUUUAAGCAGUUUUCUCUUGUGGUAUAAGUUGGUUGGUGCUUGGCAUUUGAACAGUCCUUUUUUUUUUUUUACUUUAGGUAAUUCUGUCGCCCGGUAAAUAAAUUCCUACUGUUUACUUGCGAAGUGUUGUAUUUACUAGUCAAACCAAUCAUUGCCACGAAGCUAGAAAUGAAUUUUUUCAUUUUUUUUUCCUCGGACAACGUGGGGGAGGGGACUUCUUGACUUGUUUUAGGGCUCCUCCUGUGCUUAAAAAAAGUUUUUGCUCUCUAGGAGAGUCUGCCAUAGUUCUUGCAUUUGGAGGUUCCAGCAGGGGCAGUGUUGUUAUCAAAUGGACAUUCUCGAAUCUUGUUUUUUCUUUUUUUCCAAUUUUCAAUUCAUUCUGCCUUCCAGCAUCCAUUGUUGCGCCCCUUUUCAUACGUCUAUUAUUUUUUUUCUCCCUCCAUGUUCGCUCGCUCUUGUCUCCAUUCAUUCCUAGAGUGCCGCACACGGUGGCAAGAACAAAAGCACAAUGGUACUUACGCCAAAAAUCCAAAGUGAGGAUGGCCACAGGACUUUUCACAUUUUUUUUUUCUUAAAAAAAUGAUUCUUCUGUGAGAUGUGAGAAACUGGGAGGGGCUGAAAGGACAGCUUUGUCUGCAAUGCAGAGUUUUUGUACUUCUGUGUCCAGAGUAUUCCAGGGCUUGGUCAAGUUUUUCUUUAUUGUGGGGAUGAAGUUGUACAAAAUGUAUGGAAAACUUGUAAAAUAAAAA